AUGGUGGUGGCGGGUGUGUCCCACGCCAUCUCCAUCUCAAUCUCCACCCCCACCAGAGCCCCCUCUUGCAACGAUUUCCGCGCCCAAAAAGCACCCUCUUCCUUUUUCGGCCUGGCCCACUCUCCCCAGCCCAAUCUCUCCAUCUCCGCCAGAAGGAACCGCCACAACACCACCCACUCUUGCCGCUGCACCCUCAAUUUCGACGACACCUGCCUCAAUUGGGAUUGGAACCGAUGGUGCCGCUAUUUCUCCGAAAUCGAACAGGCCGAGAACUUUGCCUCUGUCCUCAAGUUUCAACUUGAUGAUGCUAUUGAGAAGGAGGACUUUGAAGAGGCCAUUAAGUUGAAGAGGGCUCUAUCGGAGGCAACGUCGAAGGACACUGUUGCUGAAAUUAUGGACCAGUUGAAGAGUGCUAUAGAUGAUGAACGAUAUCAUGAUGCUUCAAGGUUGUGUAAAUGCACUGGAAGUGGACUGGUAGGCUGGUGGGUGGGGUACUCAAAAACCUCAGAUGACCCCUUUGGUAGAAUUAUACAUAUAAGUCCUGGUAUGGGUAGAUUCAUUGGCAAGAGUUACAGUCCAAGACAGUUGAUGACAGCAUCUACUGGAACUCCAAUUUUUGAAAUUUAUGUGGUAAAAAAUGUCGAUGACACAUAUCAUAUGCAGGUAGUGUAUUUGCGACAAGCGAAAGGAAAGUCAAGGAGAAACUCUCAAUCUAUAUCUACUAAAGGCCCAUCCAAACCUGAGGUGGAUAAUGUAUCUUCAGUUCAGGUGCAGGAAGAUGAAGAGAAGGUUGAGAGAAAUGAUGAGAAAAACAGUAAUAUUGAGGCAGUAACUGAAGAGGGCAUUAAAAGUGUUAUAAAUUUUCUUAAAGAAAAAAUUCCAGGAUUAAAAGUCAAAGUUAUGAAUGUUAAUGUUGAAGACGAAGCAGCAGGGAACAAUGAUUCUAUUCAACAAUUGAUGGAAGAAGAUAGUAAUAAAACUGGCUCCAGUGAGAAUCAUGAAGAGGAAGUUGAUAAUCUCGAUGAACCUGAUGGGGUAACUCUGGACAGAGAUGGAGAUGCCACGGAUGAAGAAAAGGAUUUGGAAAUGAAGCUUUUUAUUGGUGGGGUUGUGCAUAACAAUGAGGAUACUCCAGUGAAGGAUGAAUUUAUACGUCUUCCUGCUGUAAUAAAAAAUAUGGAAAAGGAUUCUUUUGUCUUUCAUUUUGCUAGCAAAAAUCUAGACUAUGGUAUCAGAGAAGAUAAAGUUCCCAAUAUCAAAGUAGCUGCUUUAGCAGCGCAAGGAGUUUCUGAGCUUAUGCCUCCUGAUGUUGCUAAUGCAUUUUGGAGUUCUGACAAAGUCUCUUCCAAGAUCUCCAAAAGCAUGCGUGAUAUUGUCAGAGUUGCUAUGAGUCAAGCACAGAAAAGAACUAGAUUAUCUGGGGAUACAUAUUUUAACCGGAUAACUUGUUCAAGAGGGAAUUCUGAUCCUUUUGAUGGACUCUAUGUUGGCGCGUUUGGCCCUUAUGGCAUGGAAAUAGUUCACUUGAGGAGAAAAUUUGGACAUUGGAAUGAAGUAGACAGGGAACAUAACACUUCAGACCUGGGAUUCUUCGAAUAUUUAGAGGCUGUGAAGUUAACUGGGGAUCUUAAUGUUCCUGCUGGCCAGGUGACAUUCCGUGCAAAAAUUGGCAGAGGCAACCGCAACCCCAAUCGUGGGAUGUAUCCUGAUGAUUUAGGAGUGGUUGCUAGUUAUAAAGGCCAGGGGAGAAUAGCUGAUUAUGGUUUUCGAAAUCCAAAAUGGGUCGAUGGAGAACUGCUCCAACUUAAUGGCAAGGGCAUGGGGCCAUACAUGAAAGGUGCAGAUCUUGGUUUCCUUUAUGUCGUGCCUGAGCAAAGUUUUCUUGUGUUGUUCCACCGGUUGAAACUACCCGAGUGA